UGUAACCAAUAUGUUUCCUUUUACAACGUGAUUACUCUCAUUCCUCCCUUACAAAUAUCUCUUUCUCGUCACACGAACCACCCUUCAUGGUAUAUUUCUGCCACCCCAAUUCAGCUCUUCGAUCAAACAAUGAAGGAUACCUCUGCCGGGGACACCGUGGAGAACGCUGCUGGCGACGGCAUCAAGGCAUGGAGUUCUGGUAGCCACCUUUGGGUGAGAAGGGUGAUGCAUGUAACCAUGUUCCUUGCUGGGCUUGCUGUGUUGUGGAUGUUUCUCUAUAACUCAGCCUCUCCCUUUGAAUUCCCUACCUCCUCAGAUUACUUUAGUGCUGAGUCAUCAAAGGCUGAUUAUGAUCCAAAGCUAGAGAGUGUUCUGGCAAAUGCAUCUAUGAAGGAUAAGACAGUGAUAAUCACAAUUUUAAAUGAUGCAUGGGCAGAGCCAGGUUCCAUGUUUGACCUCUUUCUUGAGAGCUUUCGCCUAGGGAAUGAGACACAAUGGCUUUUAAAUCACUUGGUGGCAAUAACUUGGGACCAAAAGACAUAUGCUCGUUGCCUUGCUAUGCACAAACAUUGUUACCAACUUGGAACUAAAGGUGGCAAUUUCACAGGUGAAGUAUUUUUCAUGGCCCCAAACUACCUACAAAUGAUGUGGAGAAGAACUGAGUUCCUUGGUUCUGUCCUUGAGAUGGGAUACAACUUUGUGUUCACGGAUACUGAUAUAAUGUGGCUUAGAGAUCCCUUCAAAAUAUUUUACAAAGAUGCAGAUUUCCAAAUAGCAUGUGAUGUUUUCAAUGGCAAUUCCUCAGACUUAAACAACUUUCCAAAUGGAGGGUUUAAAUAUGUGAGAUCAAAUAACCGAACUAUUUGGUUCUAUAAGUUCUGGUUCUACUCUAGGAAUGUCUACCCCGGGCAUCAUGAGCAGUCUGUGCUCAACAAUAUCAAAAUGCACCCCUUAGUUUCCAGAAUGAAGCUGAAGAUGAGGCUCCUUAGCACUAGUUAUUUUGGAGGGUUUUGUCAGCUUGCAGAGGAUUUCAACAGGGUCUCAACAAUGCAUGCCAAUUGUUGUGUUGGUUUAGAAAGCAAAGUCAAUGAUCUUAAAAUUUUGCUUGAGGAUUGGAAGAAGUACAUGGCAAUGUCUGAAAAUGAGAAAAAACACUCACAUCCUUCUUGGAGCGUACCACAACUUUGCAGGACGUCCUUUCAACGUGCCAAAAAAAAGAAGCAGAUUACCAAAAGGAGGUUGUGACGGAUUGGACUUUGGUUGCAAGAGUUAAUUUUGAUGCAUGUAAGAGGUUGGAGAAUGAUCGACUCAGAUUUCGGAUGACAGCAAAAGAUUUGCGUUGUCAAACCGAUUCUUUUGCAACAGAAAUUAAAUGUGUAGAAUAGAAACUGUGUACACAUUAAAAUGCAGGAAAUUAAUGCAAUCGUGAAUUUCAAUGGCUGUUUUAA